CUGUUCUAUUCCUGCUGCUUUUCCUCUGGGAACCCAACGCAAUUGUCAUCCGCUGGACAAUGCAAGCAACAAAACAUGGCCAACUAUAAAUAGUCCAGAAGGCUACGCAUGCUCGUGUUUGAUUGGAAAUUGCAGCGCCUUAAGUCAGUGCUGUGGAGUAUCUGUCAUAGGAGGGAAUGACACUUCUUUAAUGGUUGACUUGAUCUCUUUGGGAAGCUAGAAGGUGAGGGAUUAACCUCCAAAACUUAUCCUGGAAGACAUUUUGCUUUCUGAACAUAAUUUUUUUUUUUCGAACGAGAAAUGGGUUCACGGAGGGAAACGGCGCGUUCCUCUUUUGGGAAUGGACGGUCCAGCAACGGGAAUGAUGUCGGUGGGAGAAGCCGGUCCAGUGGCUGCAGCUACCUCUCCAAUGUGAGACCAGAAAACAGGAGCACACUCUGCUGUGUAAUGGCGCAGUUGGCUGAAGAAACGCAGCCCUCCUUUGUGACUACUUUGAAAUCAAAAGCCGUGUCUGAAACCUGCAAUGUAAAGUUCGCCUGUGUGGUUACAGGCCACCCUGUCCCUCAGGUUACUUGGUAUAAGGAUGACAAGCAGUUGGAUAGAUACUGUGGGCUGCCUAAAUACGAAAUAUUCCACAAUGGACAAAAUCAUUCCCUGCACAUAUACAAUUGCACUGUGGAUGACGCCGCUAUCUACCAGGCUUCUGCCAUCAACACCAAAGGAAUUGUGUCCUGUUCGGGGGUCCUAGAAGUUGGGGAAAUGAACGAGUUCAAGAUCCACCAGCGUUACUUUGCCAAGCUUAAACAGAAGGUUGAAAACAAAUGCAGGGAAACACAAGAAAAAGAAAACCUGGAGCCACUGCGAACCAUCAGCCCAGACCGAACACAGAGGAAACGGCGCUCAACAAUGGGGGCCUUUGUCAGCACGCCAAGCCCCAAAGAGGAUGAAGGCAAUGAGGCAGAAGGUCUAGAGACUGAAUGUAGGUUACAGAAAGGCACUGUGGAGGAGGUUUAUAACACUCCAGCCUCAGACACAAAUAAAGCAGUGUCUGCAAAAACAAAUGGACAAAUAAACAAUGACCCUGACAAUAAGAGUAAAACAUACAUGUAUGAUCCUGAUCAUGCUAUUUUUACCUCUCAUCAGCCAAAAUCUCCUUUUGUCAUGAAGAAGAUUAAAAUUUCGGACAGUGUAAUGCAUCCAAAACAAGAUAUGUUUGGAGAAAAGAAGGUUAUGAAAGAUAGUAUGUCUUCUGCAGCUCUAGUCUGCACAGAGACUGUACAAACCAAUGUGAAUUCAGAAGAGGUCAUGGAAGUAGAAGACAUUGUCGAUUCAUCACUUACAAAUGGUAACUCAAAUAACAUGGAGGAAGAAGAAGGGGAGCAUGGAAAAAUAGCAAAAGAGGAAGCAGUUUUUAUUAAAAGGCUGUCAAAAGAUGGAAACAUGUUUAAUAAAAGGCUUGAGUCUUCUCAGAGAGAGAACGUCGCCCCAUCAGAGUCAUCUGUUGCUGUACCUUGUAGCCCUACUCUGUCAAAAAAGGGGGUCAAGAAAAUACCCAAGCACAAGAAUGAAGGCAUUUGCAAAGAUACAGAAAAGUGUUUGGAGAAUCAAGUUCCUUACAUUAUCCCUGCACAAAACAAGUCAAGUAAUAAACCAAGACUUCCAAGCAAAAUUAAGGGGGGCGCUGAUAAAACGGAACAUGUGAGAACAUUGGAAACUAAAGAGAAGUCAAAUACAACACUGGAUGGAUCUGGUUUCAGUAAGCGGGUAGUUUCGCCUCAAACUGAACGUCUGUUGUAUGACAAAGAGACAAGCCCCUGCCAAAAAAAGGAGUCUGCAUCUCAACCAGCAGUGCCAAGUGAGGUUACAGAGGCCCAGGCAGACAUGACCCGGAAUGGUGCACCUGUCGGCCUUAAGCCACCAGUCGACCAACACAACAUAUUCUCAGAGCCCCCACAAAAGAUAGAUGCCAUCCUGACCUCUCCUUUGUCCAGUGUUCAUCAACCAAGCUCUGACAAAAUACCAUUGGGUGAUUCCAGGAAAUCAAAUGGAAGCUCUACAGCCAUUUUUACUCACCUACAGAAGUCAGCACAUGAAAUCCCUUGUUGUAGUGAGAGCAUCCUGGAGUGUAAUGUAUCGUCUGUCACCGAGCAAAGCCAAGUGGACACAGCUAUAAAAACUUUUGAGGGGACAGAAAUACAAGAAGAUGAGAAGUUAGAGGCUGGUGACGUAAGUAAGUUAGGUGUUCAGGCCAUCAAUGGGACCCUAAGUGAGAAGAUACUGGAGAUGGAGACUGAACCCGCUGGUCUACAUGUCCAAAGUAAUGGAGAAAAGACCAAAGUUGUUGGAAAAGAAGACUCUGAGGCAAAGCCUGUACAAUCUCUUAUUGUUGAAUCUAGGAAGAGUCAAUCAACAUUAAAAGUGAUGGAAAACACUAGUCUAGAUUGUGAGGAUUUGAAGUCAGGCCCACUUGACACUACUCUUAAAGAGCAAACUCCAGAAAACACAAGUGCACUUAAAGACGUCAUAACAUUCACAAAAAUCCCCAAACCUGAAUCCAAAGUAAUAUCUAUUGCUGAACUUUUGAGGUCUCAAAUUAAGGCUCUUGAGUUAACACAAAACAAUCCAGUCUCCAUCGUGUCUAACCCAUCCAAGUUAACACAAAAUACUGUGAGAACGGCUAAAGCAGUGUGUCAGGGAGCAAGGGACGAAUCCAAAAAAAGUAAACCAGAAGUCAACACUUUCAAGACGAAGAACGAAACUGAGGCAAGCAUUGACAGAGCACCUCAUACAAACCUGAAGGAAACACUCAUGAAGGUUUAUCAGCAGCUAAAUGAAAAAGAACAGGAACAAAUUUCAAACAAAGUAUCAACAACGUUUCACAAACCUGUUUGUGUCCCUUCUAUCUCUUUAAAGGACACUGAAAAGGCAGCAGACAUAACAGAGCGUUGUGAGAGAGUGGGUAAAAGUAAUGAAGAUGUUAUGGACACUGGGCAGGAAGCUGCGGUUCCAUUGAAAGAUUCCUCCAUUGUCCCUCGGUCUAAGAGUAAAAACGUCAAAGACAGACCCCCUUCUUUACCGUCAGAAGGAAGAUUUAUUAAGGAGAUUCAGUCAAUUCCCAACCCACCUGAAACUAGUCUUCAGGAAUUUGGCUCUCUGAUUAAACCACCACUCACUGAGAAUGACAUUCAAGAGGGGCAGGGUAUAGUUAUGGAGCACACUAAAGAUGAGACUGUUCAAGGCCCCAACAUGGUAAUGGCUGUUAAACAAAUUAACCACAACAAUAACUUGGAAACAGGUAUUAAAGUUUCUGAGCAAUGCAAGAUCGAGGAGCAUAUAGCUAAUUCUUCCCAGAAAUUGCAAACGUAUAAUCAGUCUGACUGUGAAUUUAGUACUAGUACACAAGUAAAGGAUAUUAAUCUUACAGAGCAGGAGACCUCAGUGGUUAAGGAAGAUUUGCAGUUAAACCCAUUUAACAUUUUAACUCCAGAGUUCAGUCCACUGUCAAAGAAAAUUGAUUUUAUUCCACCAAUUCCUUCUGCUACUCCACAAGAGCUAGCCUCUGGGGCACGUCGCAAAAUUCCAGCAUCGAAUGCAAAAACAGCAGAGGCUCAAGAGUCAACAUCACCCACUAAUAGCCAAACUCAGAAACGAGAGAUACCUGUCCAUAGCAACAAGCUCUCAGCUAGCACUGUGUCUCCAAGCCUGUCACGACGGUCAGCAUUACUGCAGCCCGCUGAAGAGCAAACAUCUGUGGCAGAAAGGCAAUCUCCACUUUUGACCAGAAGGAAGAUGGCCUCUGAAAGUCAAACACAAAGCCACCUGCUCCCUGAGAAGAUUCCCGCUGAGGGGAAACCUAUGGAGAAGGACAAGCAUAACCCAUUUAAAGCUCCUCAGGUUAUCCGUAAGAUCAGGGGUGAAGCCUUUGCAGACGGCUCAGGGCAUUUGAAACUGUGGUGCCAGUUCUUCAAUGUUCUCAGUGACUCAAACAUCAAGUGGUACAAAAAUGAGGAGGAAAUUGCUCAGAUUAAGAAAAAUGCAGGGGAUGAAACCCAGGUCAAUCUGGCAAUUGUUCAGGCAUCAUGCAAAGACUCUGGAGUAUAUGGAUGCUCAAUAACCAAUGAAUAUGGCUCACACUCCACAGACUUUCUACUUAGUGCUGAUAUCUUGGCUGGAAUGGUUCUGCGUGAGGACCUUGGUGUUGGAGAAGAAAUUGAAAUGACCCCCUACAUAUUCAGCAAGGGGCUGGCUGAUUCUGGCAUGUGGGGCAACAAAUUCUUUGGACGUAUAAUGAUGACGGAGUCACGCAUCGGAGAUGGCUGUUCCCAUAAAGUCUGGAGAGCCAAAGUCAUUUACGGUCUGGAGCCUGUUUUCGAGUCCGGUAACACAUGUGUAAUUAAAGUUUGCAGCCCCAUCUUCUACGGAGGCAAGGAAGAAAGCUGUCUUAUAGAGAGAAACCUGCACCUCAUGAAACAGGAGUGCAGAAUUCAGAACUUGGCACGGGAAUACUGCAAAAUCUUCUCUGCAGAGGCGAGGGUCAUAGAAAACUUUGGAUCCCCUUUGGAGGUAAUUCCAGUGUACUUGAUGUACAGACCAGCAAACCCUGUUCCCUACGCCACAGUGGAAACAGAUCUGAUCGGAGUCUAUAAGAGAUACUCUGUCCUGGAUAAUACAGGGAGGAUAGACAUGAAGACUGGUUCUGAGGUUGAGCAGAAGUGCUGUGCCUUGCAGCAUUGGAUUUUUCAGUGGACUACUGGCAACAUGUUACUCACCCGUCUGGAAGGUGUUGACACCAAGCUCACAAAUGUCGGUGUUUCAGUCAAAACAACGGGGCACCUUGGUUUGUCUGUUGAAGGAAAUCCCAAAGUUUUUGAUCAAUUUGUCUCGCAGCACAAGUGCAACUACUUCUGUGGCCUGCUUGGGCUGAGGUCUUUGAACAUUAUGGACUCCUUAAGCACGCCAACAAAGCCAAAGGGCUCCAAGAGCCCCUUGCUGCAGCGCAAGAAGGCUGUCGGCUCUUCCAGUCCUCAAACCAGCAGAAAAGCUGCAGUUAGCCCCAGGAUGCCCAGGAAGGCGGAGCAUGAAGACAACAAGACAAAACAAAACGAUUCUGAUGCUCACAAAGUGGUGCAGACCUGACUGAGUGGUAUAUUACCAGAGAUAUUUGGUUAAAACUAGUAGAACUGAAAGGAGUUUUAAUAAUUAUAUGGUUGCCUAUCAAAUUUUAACAUAUACCAUUCCUUGCCAUGAUACUUGCUGUGGAGAAUCUUUGUUACGUGCUGCAUUUAUAUUUAUACUUUAGCUCUGUAAUAAGAAGUGGAGACUUUUAUGAAUUUAAUAUUUUGUCAGUUAAGCACCAAAGGUCACAGAUUGUAGAAAGCUAACUCAGGUUGAUAUAUUUACUAUAUAAGUGUAAAACUAUUCAAACUAAAGCUGUGUAACAUGUUAAAUCUGUGCAACUUUACUUUUGUUGCUGUUCAGUUAGUUAAAAGAACAUCUAGUCUACGAAGCAUUAGACCAUGUGCAGCUGUAUCAAAGUAAUCAACCUUUUUUUCUUAUGAAAAUAUAUUAGGGUUAAUGCAAGUGGUGUGAUUAUUGGCUUUUAUUUUGUAACCUGAGAUUUUUCCUUGUCAUUCUACUUUGCACUUUGCAUUUUUAAGAACUGACCCUUGAAUGUAACUCACUGUACAAUAGAAAAUCUAUAUUCAAAUCCUUUUUUAGACAUGAUGAAAAAAAUACAUGACAUUUCAUGGAUUGAAAAUCCACUGAAAUCAUUUCUAAAUGUUGAUGGCUGCUGUUGGAUGUCUAUGAGCUUCUUUCUGGAUUAGCAGGCCACAAAAAUAGUUGUGAACAGUAAGCAACAGACAACUGUACAAAUAAAAUGAAAAAUAAAAUCAAGUCAUGUUGA